UUUACUGUUAGAGCGUGGAGGAGGGGGUUGCGCUAAUGGAACGGAUUUUUCGAAGCUUGUACAGCUUUUAGACGAUAAAUAUUUUCACCUGGUGCUGGCGUCUUUUAACGUAGACGUCAAUACGUGUUAAGAAGGAGGGCAGAAUUAGUUAGCUCUAAUGCGCGGUUCCGUAUUCCCGCAGUCUUCCUAACCGACUUAGAAUCCGCGGAUUUCAAUCCUGGCGUCCUAACUUGCGAGCUGUUAGCACGAACGCGGGGGUCAUUGUUGCGUCGUCGUCUUGAGUUUUGUGUUUCUGGUUGCAUAGCUGCGAGCUCAGAAGUUGUUGUCGGUGCUGAACUGAAUGAGAACAUUUAGCUGUGUGUUUAGUUUGUCAAGCAGCUCGCAGCAGCUGGCGCUUCUGCUCUUUGUCAGUGUGGAAGUGGCCCAGUUCAUCAGGACAUCUCGGUUUAACUGCUCCUUAAUGGGGUGGGGUUAUUUAUUUGCUUUGCCAUACAGGCUGCAAUAAGCUAAGCUGUCGGUUUUCGGUUGAGGAAGACGGUGUCAGACAAAAUGGUGUUAAGGAGCUACUGGAAAUGUCGUCUUAAAAGCAGCUGUUUUCCUGCGCCUCGCUGGAUACGGCCAGGGCUGGCAGCUUUGUUCUGGUUCUGUGUGACCCAGUUAGUGUGUGGCGCUGGGGCGCUUGGAGAGGUUAAAUUUGUGAUACAAAAGGAUGCAGAGUUUGAUGUCACCUAUAAUGACACGGUUAUAAGCGAAAACCAGACCAUGUAUUCGUUCAAUCACACCAUCUCCAGAAAUAAGACAGAGGGGGUGCGUGUGACUGUAGAUGUGUUGCAGCAGCAUCUGGAGAGUCCUAUUCUGUUUGUUAUUCGGCAAAAGCAAGCUGUGAUGUCUUUUCAAGUCCCCCUCAUCCUCAGAGGCCUCUAUCAGAGGAAGUACCCGUACAAACACGUGGGCAGAACCUUGUGUCAGCCUCCAACCCGAGCCGCAUCCGAGACCCAGUACUUCUUUGUGGACGUGUCCACCCUGUCGAGCCAGGGGACAAACUACCAGUUGCGAGUGAGCCGUGUGGAAAGUUUCACCCUGCAGACAGACAGGAAAUUCAGCUUUACGGCAUCACCUUCCCAACCUCAGUUUUUUAAAUAUGUCUUUCCUGACGGGGUGGAUACAGUCAUUGUCAAGGUCAACUCAGACGUGAACUUCCCCUGCUCUGUCAUGUCUGUCCAGGACAUCCAGUGUCCAGUCUAUGACCUGGACAACAAUGUGGCCUUUAUUGGGAUGUAUCAGACUAUGACAAAAAAAGGUGCCAUCACCGUGCAGAGAAAGGAUUUUCCUAGCAACAGUUUCUAUGUAGUAGUCGUGGUGAAAACGGAGGAUGAGGCAUGCGGCGGCCCGCUGCGUUUCUACCCCCUGCAACCCGAUGAGCUAAUUGAUGCUGGUAACCGCACCAAGGACCUCAACGUGGUGGUCUCACCUGCCAUUAACUCUGAGAAGUAUGUCAUCGGCAUGCUGUUCUGUCUGGGGAUCUUCCUGUCGUUCUACGUGUUGACUCUGCUGGUUGCCUGCGUGGAAAACAAACGAAUGAAAAGGAGAGAAAUGUUUCUGAACCCCCCGGACAUGUCGCCUGCUGAGACCGCCUCCCUUCUUGGGAAGAACGGCGACGGCAAAACUCCAGCCUCUCCGUAUGAAUAUGGCUCCUUUGCUGACAACGGCAGCACCCUGAGCUCCGAGGCCAUCACUGACAGCGCCACAUCAACGGACAACAACUAUGGCUACUUGGGACAGGAGCCUUUCAAACGCCGACCAUUCCUCAAUCACCUUCACCACUUAGCCAUCCGCAUUGAGCGAUCACUGGACAGCGUCGCACGAAGCAGGCAGGAGUCUUUAAGUUCUGUGGAGGAGGACGACUACGACACGCUGGAGGAUAUCGACUCGGAUAAAAACAUUGUCCGCACCAAGAAGUACCUGUGUGUGUCUGACCUGGCUCGCAAAGACAAAAGGAUCCUCAGCAAGAAAUACCAAAUCUACUUCUGGAAUAUUGCCACUAUCGCAGUGUUCUACGCACUGCCAGUCGUCCAGCUGGUCAUCACAUAUCAAACGGUUGUGAAUGUGACAGGAAACCAGGACAUCUGCUACUACAACUUCCUCUGUGCUCACCCUUUGGGAGCUCUAAGUGCGUUCAACAACAUCCUCAGUAACCUUGGAUACGUGAUGCUGGGACUCCUCUUCCUCCUCAUUGUCCUCAAGAGAGACGUCACACACAAUCGCGCGUUGGUUCGCAACGACCUCAACGCUCUGGAGUGCGGCAUCCCAAAGCAUUUUGGUGUGUAUUAUGCCAUGGGAACUGCUCUGAUGAUGGAGGGAUUGCUCAGUGCGUGCUAUCAUGUCUGUCCCAACUACACUAACUUCCAGUUUGACACGUCCUUCAUGUACAUGAUUGCUGGGCUGUGCAUGCUGAAGCUCUACCAGAAGAGACACCCCGACAUCAACGCCAGUGCCUACACCGCCUACGCCUGCCUGGCUGCUGUCAUCUUUUUCUCUGUGCUGGGAGUGGUGUUUGGGAGAGGAAACACGGUGUUCUGGAUCGUUUUUUCUGUUAUUCACAUUCUGGCCACUCUGCUGCUCAGCACACAGCUCUACUACAUGGGCCGGUGGCGACUUGAUGCUGGUGUCAUGCGCCGGAUCGUCUAUGUGAUCUACACAGAUUGCAUCAGACAGUGCAGUGGACCCAUGUACAUUGACCGUAUGGUGCUACUUGUUAUGGGUAACAUAGUCAACUGGUCUCUCGCUGCCUAUGGCCUCAUAGAGCGACCCAAUGACUUUGCCUCAUACCUGCUGGCCAUCGCCAUUUGCAACCUGCUGCUCUACUUUGCCUUCUACAUCAUUAUGAAGCUUCGGAGUGGUGAGAGAAUCAAGUGUCUGCCGUUGGUGUGUAUUCUCUUCACAGCAGUGGUCUGGGGCUUUGCACUCUACUUCUUUUUCCAGGGACUCAGCACCUGGCAGAAAACUCCAGCAGAGUCUCGCGAACACAACAGAGACUGCAUCCUGCUGUCGUUCUUUGACGACCACGACAUUUGGCAUUUCCUGUCCUCCAUCGCUAUGUUUGGAUCCUUCCUGGUCCUCCUGACCAUGGACGAUGAUCUUGACACUGUUCAGAGGGACAAGAUUUACGUCUUCUGAAUCUGUUGGGUCUUCUUUCAGAAGCUCAGCUCAUCUUCUCUGCCUUAUCACUCGUUUUCUCUCUGUUGGCAUCUUGUCCAUGUCUGCAAAAAGAAACAGCCAGUAGCCUGAUGCUCCCCAGGCGGUCAGUAAGCAUGUCUCCGCCUGUCGGAGCCAGGCUGGGGACACUCGCGUGCCAAUCCUCAGCUGGGUCAACAUGGAGUGGUCCUGAAGCGUUUUGGCCUCCUGCUGCUAUCAUCGAUGUUACUGUCGCUCUGCGUGUUUACGUACUGCUGCUGAUGAAGACGACAAUGCAAACUCUGAACUCUUUUCUCCAUUCUUUUUAUAUAUGGUCCUUAUUAUGGUCGAAACAGCAGAGAACGAUGCAUUUUGUAUGCUGUGUGUGGUUCUGCAGGGUUGUGUGUGUUUACAAACCGGGGGAGCGCGAGUUCAUGUCCAAUCUGCCAGUGGCCUUCCGUGUCUCGAAUCACGUCAGUCAGACCACUGUGCUCCCAUUGGUCAGCUUGUUAAAACUAGCCGUCCUUUAAUGAUUGUAUUUACUAUUUGACUGCCCUUGUGUGUGUGACUGCGGAGCCGGUUUUUUGCACUGUUCUGUACAAAAAGUAGAUUUUAUUGUCGAGCAUUGAAAUGAGUGGUUACUAAAUAAAAGAUUCUUUUUCACAAAUGGAA